UGCUAUGACAAUCAGCUGAUCGCGGUGACUUAGUGCGCUUUCACACUCAUAAAAGAGAGAAACCUUUCACUCCGUAUCCAAUAAGUACGCUUCACAACAAAGAAUUAUACUGACUUUGAAGUUACACCUGUAGUCAAUACUACACUCUAGUGGACUCGAUUUAGAAACAGAUCCAUGCUAUCCGAAUAGGGGGGGAGGUAUUGAUUAUCCUUCUGUCUAACAAGAGACCGAACUAUGACAGUGCAGUCAAGAGGUUGUCAACAACACGAAAUGAGUGUUCGAACUUUGGCAGUGGUAUGCCUGGGAAUGGUAAUGGCGGGCGUCGGCGUCGCAGGGGCGUCCAGGCUACCACUCGUAGUUUUCCAGCACCACCACUCCCAUCACCAUCACAUAUAUGACGAGCAAGAAGUCCAGCAGGUUCAGGAAGAAUCCAAUGCACCGGCCAGUGACAAUCACCAUUUCCCGCAUUUCAAGAAUUUCGACGAAGAAAGGGGAUUGAGGGUGCUGUACCAAGUGGGGAACAGCGAAGAAGACAUUCCGGAGUGUGGUCCCUGGACGGUAUGCAGCAAAGUUGAUUUGUACGAGACACCGUGGGUGGAGCGUGAGUGCCGGUGUCCGGGGAGGCAGUCGUGUCCCAGCCAGCUGGCCGCCACCGAUGGGCACACCAUUACGGACAAAACCCGACAGUUCAAGCUGUGCGAGCCGGUGAAGAAGCUUCCGAAAUGUAGGUACUUCAGAGAUAUCACAUGGAUCCUGGUGAGCGGUGCAGACAACAUCACGGAGCAGAUUGUGCAGUGCCAUUGUCCGCGGGGAGCUGUCGCCUAUCUGAUUAAGCGGCAAGCAGUCCAGACGCCGGACGGCCUCCUCAGUUACCGGUACUCCUUCGCCUGUUCGCCUCAGAGCAGGCUGAGAUGCCAGAGGAAGGAGCCCUGUCGCCUGUUCACUGUCAGGAAGCGACAGGAGCUACUGAACGAGGUCAACACGAGCACACUGUGCCAAUGUCCUCAUGGCCACACCUGUCCGCGGCACCACACGGAGCCCGGAGUCAUCGUAGGCAAGAGCUACACCGAGGAGGCCAUUAGAACUUACAGCGGUUACUGCAUAUCCUGAACAGGGGUCUGGUCUGGUCAUCAGCACGGGACUGGUUCAAAUUGAUGCCCAACACGGGUCAGCAGCAGCCGUCGUCGAAGACAGUGUACCACAGAGGGAGUCGACUAAUACAAACCUGACGAUCAUAAUUCAAACCUACAAGUACGUUGAUGUACUCUGACCACCGAUGGUGGUUAUGCAGUGUAAAAUGCUGGCUAAUCAAUUAUCCACAUGUAGCAGACAUACUUUAUGCAGAUGUGCCAAUGUGUCCCAGAGACAGGAUGUGAUUGAUAGUGCCUACAUAGUUACCCAUGCCUUGAAGGCAGCUGAAAAGAGUUUCGCUCAAAAUGGUCCAAAUCCAAAUUGAAUCGAUUUAAUGUCUCACACUAUUAAAAUGUUUGCGCUCAGCGUGUUACAGCACUAAUUGAGUUGGAAGUAUAAUCUUUCACGGUCAACGGACUGAUAUUAGUUUCAGCAAUAAGCCUACUUUAACCCUAUAAGUGCCGAGAGUCGAAAAUUUCGACCUUUACAACUACCUGACAAUAUAUGACAUCUAUAUGCAAUUCAUCUGAACUAAAUGGCCAAGAAAUACGAGGAAGGAAGAUUUAUAUUUAUUUUACGAACUCAGCGAAUUUCUAUUAUGUAUCAUUUA